AUGGACGACGUCCACGACCAGGUAGCACCGUAUGUGUUUCAGACGGGCUUCACUUCAGCCACAGCCCAACUCACGCUGGGACGGCAUUUCGAGCCUAGGGGUGGGGCUGUGGCUAUCGGACCUUGCAAACACUAUGCUCAAGUCUCCGUUUGGGAGGACAUACCCGGCCACACGUUUGCACGGAGCCGCACAUUCGUACGAUUCAGCAGACGCUGUGUGAACUCGGGGAUAAGCCCCCAAGUUUUCAAGGCAGUGACGGCACGUCUCUUGACCCUUGAGAGCGGCGCAAAAGCUCAUGCCAGUGACUUGCAAGCUUUGAUAUCCCAGCAUCUUCAAUGCGAGGCCACACCCAUCAUGAUUGGUGGCACCACUGACAAUUCGGCGCGCGCUCUCGUGGGCAUUGCCCGCCAUCCCAACCCUGCGCAGUCUCGGGUUUUAUUGCUGGACCCUCAUUACGUGGAGCGCAAUCUCGACUGCCCGCUUGAAGACCAAAGCAAAGAGGAGGCGAUUCACUUUCUCAAUCGGCAAGGCUGGCUGGCCUGGGCACCGAUCACAUCUUUUGAGCCAGCUUCGCGCUACAACCUGCUUUGCCCCUUGCGCAGCGUGCCCUACCCCGUGUGUGUGUGUGGGGGGAGGUUCUUCUUUUUCUCUCUCUGUCUCUCUCUCUCCCUCUGUCUCUCUCUGUCUCUCUGUCUCUCUCUCUCUCUCUCUCUCUCUCUCUCUCUCUCUCUCUCUCUCAAACUCUCUCUCUCAAACUCUCUCUCUCGUCCUAAAAACCUCUCAAACUCUCUCUCUCAAACUCUCUACUCUCUCUCUCAAACUCUCUCAAACUCUCUCUCUCUCUCAAACUCUCUCUCUCAAACUCUCAAACUCUCAAACUCUCAAACUCUCAAUCUCUCUCUCUCAAUCUCUCUUUCUCUCAAUCUCUUUCUCUCUCUCAAUUUUUUUUUUCUUUGUGGUGAUGGCGGCUGCGGGGGUGGGCAGUGGCGCUGCAUCCUCCAGCUCAAUGGCAAUGAUCGCUGUGGUCUCAACGGCCUGCCAUUGACGCCCAAUGAGAUCCGCAUCUUUGGUCGCUUUCAGCGGCUGCGUGCGCUCAAACACCCACACCUGGCCCAGUACAUUGCUGUCGAAGUGGGCUCUGCUGGCCGAGUGUACAUUGUUGCCGAGCACCACACGCAAACGCUGCAGGGGCGUCUGCAAGAGCUCGUUCAGCUAGAGACCCGCCAACGUGUGGCGGCAGUCACGCGCUAUGCCCUCCAACUCGCACAAGCGCUCGACUAUCUUCACGGAGAAGGCAUUGUCGUGCGCAACCUUACGCUUGAGCACGUGUACAUCACAGCGGACGAUCAUGUACGCCUCGCAGGCUACGGCCUGUUUGAUAUGACCGACAGCGGUGCCGCCGUCAUGUUUCCCAUUGGCGAACCAUCGUAUUUGGCACCAUCCUGUUUGGCACGAGGCUGCCGCGAACCCAUUGUCGCAAAUCCCAAAGAUGACGUUUGGAGUUUUGGACUUGUGGUUCUUGAACUAUUGCUGGGUGCUUCCUUGUGGCCUGAUACGUGUCAGACGCUGGAUGUGGAUGGCCAGCGACAUACUGUUCGCCACAUGGGCUCGUUUUUGGAGCGUUUGGCAGGCUUGCUGUCUUCGCCACGGGCACGCAGCUUGCGUGCCCAGCAACGCGUGGGCGUUGUCGACCUUGCCCUCUCCGAUCCUCCACUGAUGGCCGAUUACAUGCAUGAGCUUCUGCCGCGACAUGACGACUUUGCCGCUUGGCAACAACUUCCGGGGGUCGUCCAAAACACGCUGUAUGCCUGCUUGCAUCCCUUGGCCGGUGGUCGGCCAACCAUGGUCGAGGUGUUGGGCAUGCCAUGGUUGGCUAGCCAACAGGUGGUGUACACUAGUGUGGUCAAUCCCCAUUUGCAGAGCGCCCAACUAGAUGGCAAACUGGCCGCUUUACGGGAGCACAUGCAACGCCAAGACCCCAUGCUCCGUGCCGCCCCUCAGACACCUGCUUCGGCCGGAGCACAGGCGGUAGAAACCACGUUUGACAAGCUCCGUGCUGACCCACUAUACUCGUGGCCGCUCGUCGACGCUUAUCACCUGUGGCGGGUCACGGGCAUGAGCUUGGAGAAUUACCUCAUGCAAAAGGGCCUAUGCAAAGUGGAACCCACAAUUCUUCGCUUGCCUCGCUUGAUUCGCCUGGGUCGCCCCGAGAUCGGGGGUCGCCGGGCCGCGGCGCAAGCUUUUGAGCAUGUUGUCUGCCCCCUUGAUCUCAAGCCGCUUUCACAUCGUUUGCAAGAGGAAGAGGUUGACCCUUUGCCACUCGUCUUUCAGGAGCCCGCUGACAACGAGCAUGCCGAGGAGAUGCGAAAGCAGCCUGUGAGCAUCCGAGAGCGAGAUAUUAUUUACCAAUACAACCGUCUCAACUACUUUCGACGCUUGCUGCAAGGCGCCCCCUACACGCAGCACCUCAUUCUAGAAGCUGCGCAAGUUGAUGUGCCACCCCAACUGCGAGCGCAGAUCUGGGCCGUGCUACUGGACGUGCCACAAAACAUCCACGAAGUGUACGCCGCAAUCGACAAGACUUCCGAACGCGAAAUUGACCACCAACUCGAUGUGGAUAUUCCCCGUUGCCAUCAGUACGAUCAGCUUUUGUCAUCGCCAGAGGGCCAUCGCAAGUUGAAGCGUGUGCUCAAAGCCUGGGUCAAUGCCAACCCAGAUUUGGUGUACUGGCAAGGCAUCGACUCGCUCACGGCACCCUUUCUCAAGCUCAACUUUAACGAUGAGGCUUUUGCUUUCGGAUGUUUGGAUAGCUUUGUGAAACGUUUCAUGCCCAAGCUCUUCUUGAAGAACAAUACCGACACACUGAACGAGUUUCUGGCCGUAUUUUGGCAUUUGCUGUGCUACGUCGACCCCGAACUGUGGGCACACCUCGACACCAUGGGCUUCCGACCCGACCUCUUUGCCAUCCCCUGGUUUUUGACCAGUUUUGCUCAUGUGUUCUCCCUGGAUAAAAUCAUGCACCUGUGGGAUUCACUCUUCUUGGCCAAUUCAGCCAUGACAUUGUGCAUCGCCGUGGCCAUUAUGCAGGAGCUGCGACGCAUUUUACUGCAGUAUGAUUUUAGCGAGUGUAUUCUGCAUUUCGGUGAUGCACCCGACGUGGAUUUCUUCUCGACCAUUUCAACGGCUCGCCGGCUGUACGAGGAGAUUCCCAAGUCGUGCUUUGCACGUCGCGCAAGCAAUCCGGCUGUCGAUUUUCCCGUAGAGCACGAGGUGCAACCGCUGGAUCAAUUGCGCAUGCUGCCGGCCCCCGUCAGCUCGGUGCAGGACUUUUUGGCUCUGUACAUGAAGAAUGGCACGAUUGUGGCGCGCAAAUACUGCCACGCAGUCGCCAUCGAUGCUCGCGACUCGGACAGCUUUGCCCUGUGCCGCCUGGAGGCCAACACGUUCAACAUGCCCGCGCUGGAACUUGAGGGAGAGCAGCUUCCGGAGGACUGUGCCGAAUUGAUGCGGCGCAAGUGCCAGUCCCGGCACGUUUUUGUAGUUGGCGAUGAAAUGUGGCUUGCCAGUGCAGCAGCGUCGUGCGCUUUGCGUGGUAUCGUUGUAGGAUUCAAAGCGACUGUGCCCUCAUUCGAGGUGGCGCGAGCUCUGGCGCUGGCCGGCAUUGAACGUGUUUCCAUCUUGAACGAUGGGAUCGCAGCGCUGAGCGCUGCCAACUUGACUGGCUCCUAUGGCCCUUGCCCCGUCUACUCGCAAUGCGCGUCUUGGACCGAGUCUCAUGCCUGCGGUACAGUGCAUCAAUUGCGCGCACAGGAGCAGGAGGCAUCAACCCGCAAGAUGGGACGCUUGAGCCUGCGCAAGCGAGAUGACAGCUCGGCCUAA